AUGCAUAAUUAAUUAAUUGAAAGAAAUGCUAUCGAAUCUCUCUUGAAUGUUUGUUAUGAUGAAUAACCUUAAUAUGAUGAUGAUUAUGAAUAAGAAAUUAAAUCAUUAUUGAAACGAACUAUCCCAGUUAGAGUAAAAAAAGAAGAAAAUGAUAUUGCAUAUCGGUAAAAUACAAUAAGUUUUCGAACUCCUCUAAGAUAUUAAAAUGAAUUUAGAUUAAAAACAGAAACAAGAUCUCAGAUUAAAUAACCAAAAACUUAAAGAAUACCUAAAAAAAUUCCAUAAAUAACUUUAAAAUAAUCAGUAAAACCAUAAGUCAAAUCAUUUCGUGAUAUAAAUCAUAAAAUUUAAGUUCCUCUCAAAACUUCGAUUGUGUCCUUAUAAAAUUCAACUGGAUACAGCUUUCUAAAUACAUCUGAAUAUUAAAAUCCAGUUUUGGUAUUUUAAAAAAAGUCUUUAUAUCUACCCAGAUUCAUCUUAAGAUUAAAGUAAUAACAAUUAAUUAAUUAAAAGUGA